CAGGUGGGGGCGCGGGGGGCGCGGGGGGGGGGUAUCGAUGGCGCGCGGGUUGGACCCGGUGCGCGCGCAGCAGAAGCAGGGCAGCCUAUAAAGCGGACCGAGGUCCGGUGUCCAGCUCACCUGUGAUCCCCGACGCCUCACGAGCGGCGCGUUUCUCUUCUCCUGCGCACCUGAGAGUCACCGGAAGUAGCGGAAACACCGCGGGCCGCGUGCACCGGGGAGAGGGGAGCCGGGUCCGAUCCGGACUCACCUGCAACCAGGACUAAAGCGGUCAUGACUCGUCACCUGGUGCUGAUGGUGCAUCUCGUGCUCGUGCUGGCGGCGUGCUCCCGCGGCGCGGCGGCGCGCGUCCGACUCAACUCCAUCCGAACGGUGAUCCUGAGGGAGGCGCACGCGAUGCCGGUGAACAGGAGCGCGUGGGAGCCGAGCGUGGACCUCACGUUCCAUCAGUGCAUGAGCGACCUGGAGUGUAUAGAGGGGAGCUACUGCCACGCCCCCUCCCAAGGCCCCGCCCACCCGCGCUGUCACACCUGCCGCAGGAGGAAGAGGCGUUGCCAUAGGGACGGGAUGUGUUGCCCGGGCAACCGCUGCAGCAACAAUGUGUGUGUCCCCGACGAGGACGCCUUCGUGUCCCAGAGGAUCCCGGACCCAGAAGCAGGGACGAGUCCUCUGUCCAAGAGGAGAGGCUGGAGGACUCGAGGGGGGGCGGAGCCUAAGGAGGCCUCCAGUAAAGGUCAGGUGGGCGACCCGUGCCUCCGCUCGCCGGACUGCUCGCCCGGUUUGUGCUGCGCUCGUCACUUCUGGACCCGCAUCUGCAAAAGCGUGCUGCAGGAGGGACAGGUUUGCACGCGGCGCCGGCGGAACAGCCGCGGCCUGGAGCUCUUCCAGCGCUGCCCCUGUGGCGCCGGACUCAGCUGCCGAGCGCUGAGGGGACGCAACGCCAGGUCCUCGCCGUCCUCGUCGCUGAUGGCCGCGGCCAAGUCCAAGUUCACGGCGUCCUUUUCACGUCACGCCGCGCCGCUCUCCUCGCCAGCGGAGAAGCCGACGCCCUCGAAGGCGAGACUUCACAUGUGCCAGAAGAACUGAGCGGGCGAGAGGAGUGGGGGGGGGGGGACUCUGUGAGAAACCAAACCUGUUCACACCUGUGAGAAGCCCCGCCCCCUCUGGAACCAUGUCAAUGCUAAUGAGCUUUCUGUGGGGCGUGAAACCCUUUGUGGUUGUCUGGUUUCCUCUCGGUGGGGGGGGGGGGGGGGGGACCAACAGGAACCGCUUUGAAGUCCGGUUUGAGACCAACACAAAGUCUGAAUCCACAGAAUCUCAAUGUUAUUAUUUAUUCAGAUUUUCAAAAUAAAAGACAUGUCUGCAAAACCCCCAAACUGCCGUCAGAAGCAACAAUUUCUCCUUGUUUUCUUUAUUUAGAUGUGAGUGUUACCAUUUAAGAUAAAAUCAGAGUUUGUCAUGCAAACUGUAACAGAGGAAACAGCGGAGUCACUUCCUCCGGUUCCACUUUAAAUGUACUUCUUCAUAUGAAGCUCCUCUUCUUCUUCUUCUCCUUCUUCUUCUUCUUCUUCUUCUUCUUCUUCUUCUUCUUCUUCUUCUCCUCCUCCUGCCGACCGGCCGUCAGCAGAAACUCGUCUCAAAUUGUCCACUUGUUAAAAGUUAUUCCUCUUAAAGUUGCUCCCUGCAUAUUUUGUGUGUUUUUUUUAAUUCCACCUCUUAAAGAAGGAAACUUGUUGAAUCACUAAUCUGCAUUUUAAUGAUUAAAAACAUCCGUCAUGUGG